AUGGAGAGCUCUGAAAAGCCUCGGCCGCUGCUACAGCACCCAGAGAGUUCCGGCAUUGAUGUUCUAGAUUUCUCCUUCAGCAAGCCCGCCUCACACAAGCCCUUGUACUCGCGAAACAUGACCAAGCAGGCACCCAUCCCCCAUCCUUCAAUUGAUAAUGCCCGACUUUCAAUGGAACCGAUGGGAGAGGAGGCAAGUCGCAACCAUCAACCAGCCAGGCCAGACACUCCUCUCAAUCAUCGCAGCGGCGAGAAAGAAGGAACCCCCAAGGCAUCAAUCCCCGCGGGACAACCUGUGAUUUCUCAGCCACCAAGCCGAGGCUCAACAGCACCUAAACCCAACAAAAACAGCGGCAGUCGCUCUGCACCGGGUGAGGGUAAACCAAGUUUCCUACAAAGGCAAGAAGUAAUAAUUUGCCAGCCAAACAAACCCACCGGGAUUGAUAUCCACAGAGAGACUAUUGGGCCUACGGGAAGGGCUGUUGACCUGGGUCAAGAGCGUGUUGUCGACUUUGACAGGACGGAUGAACCUGAAUCUGCCUUGCUCGAGACAAUCCAGGUACAACGGCUUCACGGGGAGAGGCAAGAAAUCCAGGAGAACCCAUGCUCUCGCGCACCUCUCAAGCUUGUCCAUAAUCAGCUUAGGGUGCCACCGCGACGUCGUGUCGAGAAGGAAACAUCUUCGAAUCAACAGGCACCGCCCGUUGGCGGCAAGAGCGGUGUUCAGCUCAGUGAGAAUGAUCUAUUUGAGCUUCUCAUCACGAAAAUGAGACACCGAGAGGAAAGCGAGCAAGCAGCUACAGUUGCUCAGCGGCAAAUCACGAAUGAGAACAUGGGCUUGAAGGAAGAUAAUCUUAAUUUGCAGGACCGUCUCAUGAAAUGCCAAGGACAGCUCGCCAAAACAUCAUCUGAAUCAAGAUCUCAGCGCGCACAAAUAGACAAGUGGAAGGCGAAACUCGGCACAUUCAAAGGUGUCCUCAACGAACUUGGCCGUGAAUAUGGCGCAGUCCGGGAGCAAGCCAAAGAAUUGAAAGAUGCAACUAUGUCUCUUAAUCGAGAGAAAAUCGAGAUCCAACACAGUUUGAAUGAGAUCAAAUUGAAAGUUUCGACCAAUGAAGAAGUAAUUCGGGAUCAACGCGAAAGACUUUUAAUUUCCGAGGGAACGGUUGCCAGUUUGAGGGAAGCCUUAGACCAUUCAGAGAAAAGAGGUGAUUUGAUCAAGACGCAGCUAUCAAAUGAGAACAAGCGAAUCGUGACUCUAGAGGCCUACAUCCAAAAUGAGUGUCAGAGCCAGUCACGAUAUUUAGGCCUGGUCAGAAACGAUCAGCGCAGGAUGACCGAAAAAGUUGACUCUGCUUGCAAGUUGUUUACCACAUCUUGGGUCAAAUCCCAGGACAAUAUCCUGUCAAAACUGAGUCCUGCGCUUGAGCAUUGUCUCGCUUCGGUUCAGGGGUUGAAAGAACAGUGCUCUGCCGAAUCCAUAAAUGUUCAAGCCUUCACCAACAGUGUUCAGGAGGUAACAUCUCGUUUCAACUCCCUGGCUGGUCAGGUCACAAGUAACGUUGACCGAAGCACAGAAAUGAGCAAAAAUGUGUUUCAAGCCCUUAAAGAAGCCCUUCAAACAAUCGAAGGCAAUCUCGGUCCGUAUUCGUCGAUUUUCAAACAACUUGCUAAUAGCGAGAGUUGCUACGGAAAUUUGCAACAACAGCUUCAGAUUGUUCAGCCAAUGCUCGAUGGCCUUGACGCUUCUAUCAAGGCCGUGGGAACAACAGAAACAGACCUUGUCCGCGGGUUAGAAACGUUCAGCCAGAAGCUUUCCGAAGCUCGAAUCCCGGCAGGAAACCCUAUUCUGGAGAUAGAAAUUUCUAAGAAAUUCGAUGAGAACACGCAGUUGCAACUUCAACUACAAGAAAUCUCGCUUGAGGUUGAAUCUCUUCGAAAGCACCUUGCCAGCAAAUCAUCUGAGAAUCAACAUCUUCAGCAUGCUUUGACUGGAGCUGUUACUAAUGAGCAAGCAUCGAAAAGUCAAAAUGCCCGCUUGGAAAUUGAGAAGACCGCCUUGCAAGGCGAGCUUCAAUUGCUCGAGCAAAGAAUCCGAGAAGAGUUGCACGCCGCAAGCAUCAAAGUGCAGGGUCAGAUCAAAGCUAAAUUGGAAGAACAAAUCCAAGGUCUUGAGACAGAAAAUUCGAAGCUAGGAAGAGACUUCAGUAACCUUCAGGCGCAGCUUGCAAAUGUCCAAAGAUCUUUGACCGAGACCGAAAAGAAAGCCGAGGACGAGCGACUGGAAAAGGUUUCCAUGCACCAGGAAUCACAGAAACGAAUUGAGGAGCUAAAUGUCUCUUGCUCAAAACACAUCACAGAGGCCAAGGCCAAUGAGGCCCAAUCACAAUUACUGAAAAGCUCCGAAGCCACUCUCUUCGCGGAAAGGGAGAGGCUCCGCGAACAGCUUCAGCAAGCAAACGGAAAGACAAUCGAACUCGAAGCGAACCUGGGGCUGAAGACCGAGUCUGUAACACUGAAAGAGAAAGCGGCGCGGGAAGCAGAAAAGAGGGCCGACGUACUUGAGCUAGAAACGGCCCAAAAGACUGAAGAGCUUGCAGCAAUGAAAGAAAACCUCGCCAUGCUCAGAUCACGGUCAUCGGCUUUGGAGAAGGUUGGGGAGGAGGCUGACGCUGAGAUAAUUUCACUCCUCCGCCGGGCUCAAGAGGCUGAAAGUUGGCAAGCGACAAUAAGAGAAGGGUUUGCGAAGGUGAUCGAGGUACAUCCUGAUGAGCCUUUCGAGCAGACAUGGCAGAAACUGGAAGACAUCAUUCAGUCCUCGCUUGCUCGGCCGUCCACCACUGGCGAUACGUCUUGCACCAAGCUUCACGGCACGGGGAAUAUGGAGGGGACUGAAGGUAUCAAUCUGGCACUGGAGCCAAGAGGGGCCAGAAACGAUGAUCUCUUGGAAAAUAAACAAUCAAACAAUGUGGCUCGCAAGCCUGCUGGAAACAUGCAGACAGAUGGACCUCUAGCGCCAAAUACUUUUAGCCCCCCGAAGGCUUUGAAACACGGCGAUUGUGUUGACUCUCUGCCGAAAUUCCCUGCUGGUCACGGUCAUAUCGUUCCCUUUUCAAGUCUCCAUGACAGACUGUCGCGGGAAAAUAGCAUGUCACUUUUUAAUGACCCAGCUGAGCUCGAAAUGCUCUUUAUGUCAACUCCAGAUCUCCAAGGAGCUUCGAUGCCAGAUGAUGCCCCCAAGAAAUCCCAAGAACAGCAAAAGGUUCCAGUUGAGUCUCUGAAAAUGAAUCAAGAUCCCAAUCAAGUUAACCCGGUUCUCGGGAUGCAACCUCCCAGCGCCGAUGACAGCAUAAGCGAAAGACCCCAGUCCGCUCUUGGAAAUAUUAACAGUUCGCUUGUUGACAAGUCUGCCAGUAACGAACAGCCCAACACCAAGCGUAAAGUAGUCAGCUUCGAGGGGACGCGGGUUUUCACCAAAACAGAGGUUGGUAAAGCCAGACGAAUGUCAGACGCAACGGACAACAGCUCUGGAAGAGAGUCUGAAACCAAGGAAGCCAAGAGGACGCAGAAACGGACUUACAGCCGUCUUCGCCAGUCUGUGGCACAGGAGGAAACUUCGAUUGAAAUGACUACAGAGGUGCAGCCUGCCACCAAACCUUUGGUGGGGAGGUCUCAGCAGGGCUCAAUAGAUAAGACUGAUCAAUCUUCACACGCGAACCCAAGGCCACCAAAAAGACCUCGAAAUUCAGCCGAUGGCCGAGAACGACGACUGAGUCCGAAGGGCUUGGCUUCAGGUAACAGUAGGGGAAACACAGCCGGCCAAGCCAGCAUUACGCGAGGCCGCGGUAAGCGCCGCACUCGAGGUAAGAUGCUUGAUGCAUUAUCAAGGCGCCCCAGCUGA